AUGUCCACCACAGGGGUACUUCCAGUUCCAACGAUAUUAAACAUUUUAAACGACAGUAAUAACAAUUACAUGGACGACCAGAAUAUGGAUAAUCACAGCAGGGCUAAAAAGAGGCGCCUCGACCAUCUUUCCUGGGAGGAAAAAAUCCAGAGAAAAAAGUUGAAAAACAGAGUGGCAGCACAAACAUCGCGCGAUCGUAAAAAAGCAAAACAGGAACAAAUGGAAAGCGCAGUUCAGCAGUUGUACACCAAAAACGAAAUCCUCCAAGCCGAAUGUGAAAAGUUGCAAGCAGCCAACCAAAGAUUGCUGGCCGAGAACGCAGAAUUGAAUCAAAGACUACAACAGUGCGACUCUUGUAAAAAGCUCCAAAGCUGUCCUGGUGUCAGCAGCUUUGGAGAAGAAGAAGGACGCUCUGUUGAAACUGAUUCUGGUUUGCCUUCUCUACCAGACCUCCUCGACGAACUGGAAUCGGAUUCUGUGGACCUCAACGCCUUGGAACAACUCACGCAAAGUCUACUCGAAGAUAUCGCCAGAGAUCUUGAGAGCGCUGCGGAAAAGGCGGCUGAUCAAGAAUCAACAUCAUGUACUGGAGAAAAUGAAAAUCCUCCUGAUGGAAAAGAAGUGGUGGGGUCACCACCAAAACACCUGGAAUCCAAAGGAACUAAAACAAUAGAGCCAGACAAUGUCAUAGAAGAUAUUUCAGAAUAUUUACUGCUUCACCACAACUAUGCAAAAAUGCCCAUCAGCACCGCUGCUACUAGAAAAUCACAAAAGAAACUCAAAACUAUUCGACCUAAAGAAAAACCUACUAAAACCAUCAGUCUUCCUGAACAACUGGAAAAUAAAAAUAACGAAUUAUUGUUUGGUACUUUUGACCAAAGCACUAACACCAUUACGAUUUUGGUUAACGAUAACUCUAAUAAUUCAUCUCCCAGAUCUGAUUUAGGCUACGAAUCAUUGGAUUCGCCCGUCAGUACCUCGGACAUGGAUUCUUGGGAUCACAGCGUAUCUGAAUUAUUUCCAACAUUGUUUUAA